CGACUUCAAGAUCAAAUCCAGGAUGGCCGAAGCACUCUCCGAAAAACAAGUUACCGAGUUCCGAGAAGCUUUUUUCAUGAUUGACAAAGAUUCAGAUGGUCUGAUUACCAUGGAAGAACUGGAAGUGGUGAUCCAAUCUCUACAUGAACAUCCAACAAAGGAAGAGAUUCAAGAAAUGAUAAAUGAAGUCGAUCCUGAUGGAAAUGGGACCAUAGAUUUCGAGGACUUUUUAGGCAUCAUGGCAAGAAAGAUGAAGCAGGACAAUGUAGCAGAGGAGUUUAAAGAAGCAUUCAAAGUUUUUGACAGGGACCAAGAUGGUUACAUUUCAGCCCUUGAGUUGAGAGAGGUGAUGAUAAAUUUGGGAGAGAGACUGACGGAUGAAGAAGCUGAGCAGAUGAUCAGAGAGGCUGAUCUGGAUGGAGAUGGUCUGGUCAGCUAUGAAGAAUUUGUGAGGAUGAUGAUGGCUUCUUCAUGUUGAUUAUAUAUCCUUGCUUAUAAGAAGCAUAUUACCCCCCAAUCUUUGUAAUUCUGAUGUAGUAG